AUGGAUCAUAGCCCUCUCUCGCCCUCCCUCUCUUCCUCUCUCCGUCUCGUGUCGUGGUGCUUCAGAUGCUCAGGCCCGGUUGUAUCGUGUCGUUGCCUCUUCGCCUCUCCGCCACCAUGUGUCGCCGUCGUGCCUCUUCUUAUUGACCGGCAUACUCAGCGCUGCAGACCAACACACGACAGCUGCUUUUCACAAAAGCGCCUCUCGACCUCUUUUCUACGUUUGACCUUUCCAUGCCUACUCGAGUACUCACUUCUUAAUGCUCUCCGCCUCGUCACCUUCUGCUUCGCCCUCCUGACCGCCGCCCUUUCCUGGCGCUUAUUGACCGACGACGAGGCGUUGCCUAUUUCGCCUCCAGCUCUGCAGCGCCACGACGGCCACGACCACAUCUGCUCCUAG